AUGAGUGAUACUGAAGAUAUCAAUUACGAAAGAAGGCCAGAGUUCAAUGAAGAACCAGAGAGAGAGAAUGUGGAGCCCGAAAAAAAGCCCGUAGACCACCAUGGUUUGCAAACCCCAGAUGAGCUUGAGCCACAAGAAGAAGUUGUCUACGAAGUUAAAGAGGAACCUUCAUUCAACCUUACGAGGGCAUUGUUCAUCGGUAAUUUGCGUAGGCCGAUAAACGCAAUUGAUUUUCAGAAUUACUUGAAAGAAUUGGCAUCAACUGGUGGUGACAAUGUCAUUGAAAGGGCGUGGCUAAACAGAACGAGAACACAUGGUAUAGUACUCGUUGAUAAGGAAGAAGGAGCAAAAUAUAUUAGGGAAAGAUUGAACGGAAAAACGUAUCCUUCAGAAGAAGAAGACUCGAGAUUGAAGGAUGAACAUGAGCUUCGUGAAAAAGAAAAGUAUGAGAAGCAAUUGCAAGAGUACGAGGAAGCUGAGGAUAAGGACUCUUUAUCAGAACCAACCCCUCCAAAGGAAUAUUCGGUAGAGAGGAAGCCCUUGUACGUUGAUUUCAUCCCUGUAAAGGCUAUAAACCAAUGGAUUUAUGAAGAAGACAAGGGACCAAGAAACGGUAAAUGGAAAAUUGAAUACGAGAAUAAAGGUGACGAUAUUUUAGCAAACCAUGUGUUGCUAACUGGUGAUUUUAUGCCACGUUACAAUCAAAGACAUCAUCAUCCAAAGUUUGGACGAGGACGUGGAUACAGAGGUGGAUAUAGAGGUGGAUACGGAGGCCCUAUUUAUAAUAGAAGAGGACUGAGCGGCUAUGGAUAUGGCGGGUCUGGUCCAAAACCAUAUGGAGUUUACCCGCCUAGAAAUGGGUAUUAUGGUCCACCAAGAAGAGGUGGCUACCGUGGUCGUAGAGGAGGAUAUUAUCCAAAUAGUGGUGAAAGAAGUAGUUAUGUGCCGGGAGAAUCCAAUAGAGAGGAACGUGCUAGAUACCCACGCACUGAUUCAUAUCAACCAAGGUCUGAAUAUAGGGACAGAUCGUGGGAAGGUUCCGCAAGAACCAGAUCUCGGUCACCUUUGUAA